AAGUGCUAAAGCGGCUCAAAUUCAAAUGGUCAACUGAGUGCGCAUUUGCAUUCGUUUUGGCCACUACGAAGCAUGUCUCAGGCAACUCCGUUCGUGCAGCCGUUGCUGCUCCAAUUUCAACAGCUUUUCUUCAUAUCAAAAUUGGUUGGUGUAUUGCCACAGGAUCUGGACAAGUUUCGCCAAAAGAAUGUGCUAGAAAAGUCGCGCAAUGGCAUGUUUUAUAUGCUCGGUAUUUUGAUCAUUUAUGUGGUCCUCUAUAAUCUACUUAUUUAUUCGUUCGGCGAAGAGGAUCGCACUCUUAAGGCAUCACAGAGUACUUUGACAUUCGUAAUUGGACUGUUUUUGACCUAUAUUGGGUUGAUUAUGAUGGCCACGGAUCAGCUCACUGCACUGUUUAAUCAAGGAAAGCUGGGAGAUCUCUAUGAAAGAAUACGCUUGGUGGACGAACGUCUCAACCAGGAGAAGUGCCGAGUGGACAACAGUUGCAUUUCCAGACGCAUUCGUAUAAUGCUCGUAUUGACAUUUAUUUUUGAGAUUUCUAUACUGAUUGCGACAUACAUUAUCCUAGUGGACUAUACCCAGUGGUUGUCACUGUUGUGGAUUGUCUCGGCAGUUCCCACAUUUAUUAAUACACUAGACAAGAUUUGGUUCGCAGUAUCGCUAUAUGCGCUUAAGGAACGCUUUGAGGCCAUAAAUGACACGUUGGAGGAUCUCGUGUUGGAGCACGAAAAGUACAAGGCCUGGCUAACUGGAGAUGAUAAUAGUGCUGCCCCUGGUAAUCAGAUUCGGACAGCGGACAGUAAUGAGUCGCAGCCACCACAAUAUGAUAGCAACCUCGAGUAUUUGUACAAGGAGCUGGGAGGCAUCGACGUGGGCUCACUUAGAGGCUCCGGCAGCAAAAAUAGAAAUAGGGUAGCACCAAUUGCCCACUCGCUGAACUCUUUUGGAGAAACCAUAAUUCCAACACCGCGCAAACCACACCAGAUUAAUUCCAAUCCAAUAAUAAAUGUGGCGCACGAGAGCGAAUUGAGCAAUGCGACCAAGGUGGAGGAGAAGCUAAACAAUCUAUGCCAAGUGCACGAUGAGAUCUGUGAGAUUGGCAAGGCAAUGAAUGGACUAUGGAGUUAUCCUAUUCUAUCGCUAAUGGCAUACGGUUUCCUAAUCUUUACGGCCCAACUGUAUUUUCUAUAUUGCGCGACUCAGUCGCAAUCGAUACCCUCCUUGUUUCGCUCCGCCAAAAAUCCAUUCAUCACGGUCAUUGUACUGGUGUACACGUCGGGAAAAUGCAUCUAUUUGAUUUAUCUGAGCUGGAAAACCUCGUUGGCUUCAAAGCGCACUGGGAUUAGUUUGCACAAGUGCGGUGUUGUUGCUGAUGACAAUUUGCUCUACGAGAUUGUGAAUCAUUUAUCGCUGAAACUGCUCAAUCAUUCCGUGGACUUUUCUGCCUGUGGCUUCUUCACCCUGGACAUGGAAACGUUGUAUGGCGUUAGUGGAGGCAUCACUAGCUACCUGAUUAUUCUCAUACAGUUCAAUUUAGCGGCACAACAGGCUAAAGAUGCAAUACAGUCGUUUAAUAGUUUCAAUGACACGGCUGGAUUAGUGGGCGCUGCCACUGAAAUGGACAACAUUAGCUCCACACUUUACGAUCUGGUGACCACUACAAAGAUGACACCAAUUAAUUAAUGAAUCUAAUUAUGAAUUUUUGGAAAUAUCAAGGCACACUUUUGCACUAAACACUCUUAAAUGCCCGUAUUUGACACGAAAUAAAUAUGUCACGAUGCAGUCAACUCUUUGUA